GUACAUAUGUAUAUUGGAGCACAACGGACAAGGCGUCAGGACAAAGUGGGCAAUAAUCAGUCCGUUCUGUCAUGGGGUGUCAAAAUAUAUAGCACUCGGUGCCUUUGUAUUGGUGAAAAAUGACCUUCUUGAGCAGUAAACGACUAUAAAAUGUUUGUAUGUAUUCCAGCUGACCAUCUCGUACCUGGACAUUCUACCUCUCCGGACAUUGUGAUAUCCCCUGACGGACACUCUCCUGAAACGGACUAACAUAUUCUGCAGAAUGAUGAAAACGACUAUUGCUGUCCUGGUUCUUGGACUGGCCAUUCAUACAGUUAAUUCGCAAAUGAUGCAAGCAAUGCAACAGCUAAUGGACAAUCCAAUGUUUGUAAUGAGCAUGCUCAACCAAAACAACAACCGAGGUCAAAGUUCAUCUAGUUCCGGAAGGAGAAGUACAAGUUCCAGUUCCAACAGCGGAAGCAGUGGGAAUCCAUUAGCUAAUAUGAUGAUGCAAGCUGCAAUGUUUGAUAUGAUGGAGUCAAGCGGAGGAAUGGCAGGGGGCAUGGCCGCCAUGAACCCUAUGAUGUCAAUGAUGAUGCCCGGAAUGGGAGGACUCGCCAGUAUGAUGGGUGGCAUGGGUGGCAUGGCCAAUAUGAUGGGAGGUAUGGGCGGUAUGGGUGGUAUGGGUGGUGGUAUGGGUGGAGCGAGAUAAAUGGAUUAAAGGAUAUUUAUUGGACUAUAAUAGAAAGAGCGUGAUAUAUGGGUGUAUAACCAUAUGUCGAGAAUACAUCGGUACAUUGUCACUUCCGUUUAAAAAUAGCAUGCGGAAACAGUGACAGUGUGUUCAAUACUGACAGGGAAUGCGGUGUUUGUGAUCAUUGUUUUCUCUGUUACUACAGAAAUUAAAAGUUUACAUUAAACGAAUAUUAUAAGAAA